GAGACUCGGGAGUCGGAAGCGUCAUUAAAGAGCGAGUAGUGCUCGUAGACCCGUCACCGCGCGCUCGCGUGAUGCAGGCUUGGAUGUACAAUUUCACCGGCUUUUCUGUGUUUUUGUUGUUGUUAAUCGUGGAGCAUUUCAGUUGAUUAUUGUAAAUAUUUGCCAGUGCCGUGUACUACAAAUAUUUGUGUGAUUAGUAACAUUUCCUCUUUUCCACCGCAUACGCUGCGGGCCGGGAUUGACUCUGUACAUUUUUCGUAUAAGUAUACUUACCUAUAGCUGUUCAGUUUGGGAAGCCGGUUCUUCCCUUCGAUUGCAGUCGCGCCGGCUAGUAAUAUAGGCGUGUGGCGUGUAUGGGAGCAUACAGCAGACACACACCUGUCGCCAGAGAAAAUUCGGGGGAGGGAGCCCUGUACCUUUACCCGUGUAUUAUUGUAAUAUAUAUUGUUUUGAGAGAGGAGGCAGUAGUGGACCAUCCUAGCCGAGGGGACGAGAUACUAUAGACGUGCACGCAGUCGGUGACGCCCUGCAGGCUCACAAGACGUCGUAUACAGUAGGAGGUAAGCGGAGCAGUGGGGCAGCAUGUCGUACGCGAACCGCUUCCCGCCGAGCAAGACCACGCGCUUCCGCAGCAGCUGGGGCCCGUCCUCGGUGUCCGUUUUCCAGAGGGCCGACGUGCCCAGGUCCUCGCUCGAGGACGACGACUACGCGGACUACCACGAGCGGCUGCACUCGGCCCAGAGCCGGCAGCUCAUACCGCUCCAGGAGGACCUGGCCGACUGGAUCAACAAGACAAUUAAUGUCGACCACAUAUCGGGAGAUAACUUCUUCGAUGUUCUCGACAAUGGCGCAGUGCUGUGUCGUUUGGCAAGAGUCAUACAAGAGAAGGCCCGGUUAGCCGUAGAAGCUGGCAAGGCGAAAGGGCCUGCACCAGUGCUUCGGGGUCGCUGUUGGGAGAAUGCCGCGCGGCGCACGUUCUUCUCCAGAGACAAUAUGGAAAACUUCAUACAGUUCUGCCGGCGGCUGGGCGUACACGAGAAUCUACUCUUCGAAAGUGACGAUUUGGUGCUACACGGACAGCCGCGCAACGUGGUGCUAUGUUUGUUGGAGGUAGCCCGGAUAGCGGCCCGGUACUCGCUCGACCCACCUGGCCUCGUCAAGCUGGAGCGCGAAAUAGAAGAGGAGCAGGAGCGCGACCGCCAGUGCCUCUCGGACAGCGGCAUCUCGCACAGUAGCCUCGUCUCGUCGUGGCAGCUACAGUCGCCCUCUCCCGACUCGUCGCCCGCAGACAAUAACAUGAAGCACAGCAGCUCGGCAGUGGAAAUGUCGACAACAGACUCGCGUUGGCUGGACCCAGACACGACGCUGGAGACGCGGGAGCCAGAAAUGCGACGUUCGAUCAGCGACAACGGGCCCACCAGUGGCGGCGGCAGCGAUGGCGUGCACAGCGACACGACGGAGGACGACUGGUCGCGCGGUAGCGCCGAGGACCCCGACGAGGCCAUCUCGCUCACGAGCUCUCCCUCGCCCUCCUCGGCCGAGCCGCCCGAGCACCACGGACCCAUCACGGAGCUCGAUCGGAAGGUGAAGAGGGCUACCGAAGCUGUACAAAAGUUCUGCCAGUGCCCGUCCAGCAAGUGCAUCAGGCUCAAAGUCAGGAAGGUGGGGGAGGGCCGCUACAACAUUGCUGGCCGCGGCGUUUUCAUAAGGGUACUGAAGGACACGCACGUGAUGGUGCGCGUGGGUGGCGGCUGGGACACCCUGGAGCACUUCCUGACGAGGCACGACCCCUGCCAGGUGAGGGUCCUGAGCCGCGAGAGCACCCCGACACCGUUCUCGCAUCCGUUAACCAGCACCCCAGCCAAGCACCACAGCAGCGACUUUCUGCACAUAAGGGCCAAGUACCGCAGCCCCUCGACACCCAAGUCACUAUCUGCUCGCUAGCUCCUCUCUCGCUCCUCUCUCACGUACCGCACACUGUGCUCCGUCUAUCUCGAGCGCUCACUCGACUCUCUUGUCAACUCUUUUCUUCUCUCUCUCUCUUUUCUCACCUCACGACAAUCUCGCCCACCCAGCCCACCGGCACUUGUUCCUUCUCUUCGCACUCGCAUACACGUGUACGUAGGAAAGCAAGCGCUUAAGGAUCCACGGAUGGAGCACCCGGUGUCUCUCUCUCUCUCUCUCUCUCUUGGGUAUCGAUCGACUGACCGGUCGAUCGGAUGUAAUCAAGUUGGCUUGCGAAAAAACGAGCCAGCCGCUUUGCUUGGACGUUUGUUGAACUUUGUCAUACACCCCCUCUCUGUUGCGAGCGCGUUACGUGUACUUGUGGAUCACGCCUCGGAUGUAGCGAAAGGAAGCUACUCGUUAACAAUGAGGCAUCGGUUGGCCGAUCGCACGAGCAGGAAAUUACGCUACUAGCUCCGAACGAAUUAAAGUCGCGGUGUUGGGCUCGAGUUGCCAUAUAACUUGUACGUGAGCUCGCGCUUGCACCGUAUAGAUCGCUUGUUUCGAGCACACACACACACACACACACACACACACACACACACACAUUUCGAGUUACGUAAAACGUAUAGGAACGCUCGACGGGCAGCUAAAGGGGAAAAAGGAGAGUUGGACAUCUUCACGGGAUUUCGAAGGAGCGAUGUUAUGACGGGGGAGGUUCACGUGGAACAGUAGCGUAUCGGUACACGUUUAUUGCCGCGUCAUUUAUUUCUCGAUGACACAACUGCCAUAUAGAAUUAUGCCUCGUAGUAUGCGUGUACGGACCAUAAAAUAUUAUUAUUUAGCGUAUGGUGUGGACGUAAGUUUGUACUCAGGUCCGGAAAUAUGUUGGAAAAGCGUCGAAAGCACACACCACUUCUCAGAGUUAACUAAUCCUCGAUCGAUCGUUGUCUCCGUGUAUACACGUACGCGGGGUACAUGAUAACAUUUCUCGCUGCAGAGCAUAUACUUUGUUCGACAUCCACAGCCCUGCCAUUGUAUUUCACGCGCGCGACUGGUACAUACUUUUGUUCGCCGAUCGACGUGUGUGUAUAUAUUACACGGUGUCUCCGGCCGGCGUAAAAAUUUCCGAUUUGCCAUUCUACGACGUAGCUGGGCCUUGCAGUUGCGUAAGAGAAUGCAAGA